AUCUAUGGUCGGCGUAUAAAAAUGGAUCGUGUGGAGGGCGGAUUUGAUGUUUUCGAUUCGUAGGUGAAAUAGUGAUAGUAAAAAUAGGAUUGAUUCGGUUUGCCAAACAGUGAGAGGAUUCAUUCAUGAGAUAUUUUAAAAUGGCAUAAAAAACGCGGUUUGCGUCGGAUGAUUUUCACUUUUCUACUGUUGGCAUAGAUUACUACUGAAGGGAAGCUGUGCAUACUGCCUAUUGUUGAUGGUCUAACGGUAGCAGGAUUUGAAAACUGAAUCAUUAAUUUAACAACAUUCACUAUGAAGAACUUUAUUUUCCUUCUUGCCUUUAUUGAACUGGUAUUUGGGCACGAAGAUGGAGAAUUCACAUUGCAAUAUAAUGAAGAAACAUUCCCAAUUGAAGUACCAAAAAAAAAUCAUUUUGUCAUGUUUUACGCGCCUUGGUGUGGACACUGCCAAAGAUUAAGUCCUACGUGGGAACAAUUAGCGGAAAUGUUGCAUGAAGAUGAAGAUAGUCGUGUUCGAAUAGCUAAAGUUGAUUGCACUACAGAUAAUGCUAUAUGUUCUGAACAUGAUGUAACAGGUUAUCCAACACUCAAGUUCUUCAAAGUUGGUGAGAAAAAGGGAAGUCGGUUUAGAGGAACUCGAGAUUUACCUUCCUUAACUGCUUUUAUCAAUGAGCAACUGGGUAGCGUUCCAAAGGAGGAGGAACUUGACCCUUCAUCUCCAGAAGCCAUUAAUGGGUUGAUUGAGCUAACGGAAGACACAUUUGACGAUCAUGUGGUCAAGGGUCAACACUUCAUUAAGUUUUAUGCACCUUGGUGUGGUCAUUGUCAAAAGCUAGCCCCUACUUGGGAUGAACUUGCCAAUAGUUUUCGUCAUGAUAAUUCUGUUAGUAUUGCAAAAGUUGAUUGCACUCAACAUCGCUCAGUAUGUGGCCAGUUCGACAUUAAAGGAUAUCCAACAUUGCUAUGGAUUGAAGAUGGAAAAAAAGUGGACAAGUAUACAGGUGAACGUGGUCACGAACAAUUAAAAUCCUAUGUUUCCAUGAUGCUUGGGAAAAGUGAGGAUAAAACCACUGAUAAAAAAGAUGACACCGAUGAUGACACGAUUCAUUCUGUCAUGACGUUAACUGGUGACAACUUUGAACAUGGUGUAGAAAAAGGAAUUUCUUUUAUUAAAUUCUUUGCACCUUGGUGUGGCCAUUGUAAAAGAAUGGCACCUACCUGGGAAGAACUUGGUAAAAAGUUUUUGAGCAAUGAGAAUGUCAACAUUGUCAAAGUAGACUGCACAAUGGAUGCUAGCAAAAAAUUGUGCAGUGAUCAAGAAGUCGAUGGUUUUCCGACUUUAUUCUUAUAUCGUGAUGGUCAGAAAGUAACCGAAUACAAUGGUUCACGACGCCUUGACGACUUAUAUGAAUUUGUCAUGAAGCAUAUCCAAUCUCACGACGAACUGUGAUUACUCAUUUUCUUGUUGUAAUAAUUUUUCAUUAUACUUUGAUAAGUCAAUACUCAUGGGAAGUAUAAAUACAUUUAAAAAAAAACGUUUCAUAUAAUAGUUGAGUCUAAUUGAAUCUGAUUAUAUGUGUUAUGAAUUAUCCUUAUUCAGCGUUGCACUUAACUGGUCUGCUAAAUGUUAACAUGUUUAUAACGAGUUUUUAAUGCUUACCAUUGUGUUAAAAAAUGUACCGUUCAUUUUUAAAAAAUUUAUUUUUAGUAUUUUCCUAUUGGUGAUUUAUGAAAUCUGCAAAUGAUUAACAAUAUGAUUACAUGCCUCAAAAUGUAAUUAAAUUUGUAUUCUUGUGUCUUGCCUUUUAUCUUAUAUUUUGUGCAUAUUUAAUAAUUACCUCGCAGAAACUCAUAAUUAAACCUUAUAAUGCAAAUGUAAUUCUACAGGGUGUGGUCUAAUAAUAUUCGGAGGAUGCAAAAUUCAUUUUAUUAAGUUUCUCAUUGAUUUUCUGGAUUAAUGUAAAAAAGCUUCCUGAAACUUAGACACGCGAAUAUUUUAACGUAUUGGAACAAUUACUAACUGAUAAUGGUGCGUCACAUUUAACAAAUCGGUACGGAAGUAAUUUUUCUUAUUUGUACUUACCAUCUAUAAAAGAAAAUUAAGACAUGUUAUCAAAUGACAUUUCAUUCGUUAUGGAGUUUUAUGACACUCAUAUGAUUACUUUCUUUCCUGGCAUUAUAAAUCAUUCGAAUUUAAGCGGUAUGUUAUCAUAUUGUUGAUCAGAAAUUUUGAAAACACAACUUUGAUCUUAUACCGAUAUACUCAUUCUAUGAAGAGUGAAAUGAUAUGUGUGCAUCUGUAACUCAUGAUUCAUCAUUAAAGCGACUUUCUAAUAUUGCUGGGUUGGUCUAUACGUUACCCUGUAACAAUAAACUGAGAAAAAUCAA